GACAGAAGUGCAUGGUACGGUGUGCGUGUGUAGGGAAGUCAAUGAGAAGGGGGUAUAGAUGUACGUGUAAUAUGUGAAUUGGAAUAAAAGGUUGUAUUGUCUUGGUUUAGAAACAGGAUUCGUUGCGUGAUUAAGUUGGUAUUGAUGAGAUUCAGUACAUCGGCGGAGGAAGAUGAAUUUUGUUGCGCUUACCGCCUUUGUUUACUGCCUUAUUCUUGGAGCAGGAACUACUGCCAAGGAAAAGAAAUCAAAGUCGGUAACGACGUUAAUAGAUGCUAAAUGGGAAAUAACUCCCCUUGUCCUGGAAGUUGCGGAAUAUUUGGCCGACGAAAAUGUUGCAUAUAUGUGGGAAUUUAUCGAUUCCAUUUGUGGAAUGGAUUUGCCUCUUUCAGAUAUCAAAAUUGAUAAGACUCGCCAUGAAACAAUACUGUCAAAAGCUGCAGAGUUGGUCACACCAGCCCAAAUAUCAGUUCUGAAAUUAGCUCUUGCACUACAUACGUAUUCUCCAAAAGUGGAAAUGUAUACUCAGAUGGCUAUGGAAAGAGGACUGCUUUCUACCGACUGUUCCAUAGCAGCUGAUGUUGCUGGGAAUCUAGUGUGUAAUCUUGAGGAUGUGGAGAGAGCCAUCAGUGAUAAUAAGCAAAAUGAAAAUGUGGUUCAGCCAGAAAUAUUUGACUUGGAUCACCAUUAUCCAUCUUCUGAGAACAACUCCCUGACAGUAAUUUUAUAUGGUGAAUUGGGCUCAACUGAUUUUAAGAAGUUUCAUGAAGUAUUGAAAAGAUAUGCCCUCAGUGGAGAAAUUGAUUAUGUUGUGAGGCACUUCGUGAAAGAUCGACCAGAGAGGAAAGUACGCCUUUCAGGUUAUGGUGUAGAAUUACAAAUAAAGUCAACGGAAUACAAGGCUCAAGAUGAUACGAAAGUGAGAGGAGACUCUAGUGAUAGUGGAGAACAAGAAGAUGAAGAGGAAGAGAUAGAAGGCUUCAACAUAAGCAAGCUAAAGAAUCUUUACCCAGACAUGAAGGAGAAUCUUGAAAAAUUCAGGCAACACCUUGUAGAAUCGAGCAGUGAGUUAGCUCCACUGAAAGUAUGGCAAGUACAGGAGCUUAGUCUACAGGCUGCUGAAAGAAUAAUGGCUGCACCCCGUGAAGAAGCUCUCAAAGUUCUUACACAUACUGCUCAGAAUUUCCCUUUACAGGCACGCUCUCUAGUAAGGACUGUUGUAAGAGAUGAAUUGAAACAAGAAAUCAAAGAAAAUCAGGAUAUUUUUGCCUCUUCUUUAAACCUCCAACCAUCAGACACAGCCCUGUUCUUAAAUGGGAUGUUCUUUGAUCUUGACAUUGUUGAUGUUAUAUCACUCUUGGAGGUGGUUAGGCAAGAACUGAGAGUUAUGGAAGGUUUGCACAAAAUAGGUGUACCUGCCACGCAGAUGGGUUCUUUGUUAGGCCUUGACUUCUCUCGUACCUCUUCAAGUCCAGAAUUUGCCAUUGAUAUUAGAGAUUCAGCAGUUACCUGGGUAAAUGAUAUUGAGCAAGACAAACAGUAUCGUAGAUGGUCUGACACACUGAUGGAAUUACUCCGUCCCACAUUCCCAGGCAUGCUGAGGAGUGUGCGUCGCAACUUAUACCAUUUGGUUAUCAUAACAGAUCCAGCCAAGCGUGAUGCACAGCCUCUGCUAAAAUUAGCGGAAUCAUUUUACUUGCACCCAGCUCCACUGCGAAUUGGUUUGGUGUUUGCUGUUAAUCCAGAUUCAAAAGUAACAGGUCUUGAAGAUGCUGGAGUUGCCCUCCUCAAUGCCUUCAAUUACAUGAUGGAAACAAAGGAUGCCUACCAUGGUCUUGCCUUUAUCACUGAUGUAUAUGCAGCAGUAAAAGAAGAACGAGAUGUAACAGUUGAGGAUGUUGUGAAAGCACUAAGUGCAAAGGUUUCCUCUACUGAAGUGGACGAAAUACUUGGGGAAGAUACUGCAUAUGACACAGGCCGGAAACUUGCAAAAGAUUUUGUCACUAGGUCUGGUUUCAGAACUCUUCCACAGGUUCUCAUGAACGGAAUACCACUGCCUGAAAAAGUAUUAAACUCGAAUGACUUUGAUGAAGCUGUUCUUAAUGAAAUAAUGAGUCAGUCAGCAAUUUUUCAGAAAGCAGUGUACAAGGGUGAGCUCACAGAUGCUGACAAUACUUUGGAUUUUAUCAUGAACCAACCUCAUGUUAUGCCCAGGUUGAAUGAGCGAGUGCUAGGUCAAGAUUCUAAAAGCUAUUUGGACAUGAUGGGGACAGCUCGAUCUGUAGAUUCCUUUGAAACACUAUCUCCACGUGAUAAAACGGCUACACUUCUGUCUUCUGGUUUACUUCGGUACUUCAGUCACAAGCAAAUGGAUCGAGGCAAAGCUCUGCACAUCCUUUCAUACUGGGUUGUUGUGGAUCUCCAGACAGCCAAAGGCAGGCAACUGCUAUUAUCUGCAUUGGAACAAAUGCAGUCGAGUGGAAAUAUCCGUGUGGGUCUCCUAUUAAACCCAGAAACUGAUGCCACUGAACAGCAUUUGAACAUGUUAGCUAUGACUGCUCUGCGAGUACUGAAACCUCCACAAGCAACAAAGCUAAUGUCUUCAAUACUUGCUGAUGAACAAUCAGCACAAGCCAUUGCUGCUGGCCAGAAGGACAUAAGUGAUAUAAAUGUAGCAGGAAUUGAUGUGCCUGAACUGGUAGCAACUAUGAAGAAAGAUAGAGCCAUUUAUCAGAGAGAGCUAGCUCUCCACAAUGAUUUCUGCAAGACUGUACUGAAGAUUGCCAGUGGUGCGAGAGCAGUUACAGCAAAUGGCCAAAUGGUUGGUCCAUUUGAAACAGAUGAAGACUUUAUAUCAGAUGAUUUCUCUCUGUUAGAAAGAUACAGCAUGAACAGCUAUGGUGAAAAAAUUAUGGAAGUCUUGAAGGAAAAUGUUCUCACUGAAGAGGAAGAUCUUAUUGAGAAUAGUGAUGUGCUGAUGCAAGCUGUUGGCUUGCUGGUAUCAAGACAACAAACAAGAAGUCGAUUUGACAUACCUGUCAAGAGAGAGCUCUAUAGUGUUCUGAAACUACCUCCUCGUUCUGCAUCUGAACCAGUCUUUGAAAUUGCUGUGGUUGUUGAUCCAGUGUCUCGCGGAGCCCAAAAAGUGGGCCCAAUCCUCUCCAUCCUCUAUGAAGUCCUGAACUGCAAUAUUAAGGUGUACCUUAAUUGUGUUGAGAAGAACAGUGAUAUGCCACUCAAAAGUUUUUAUCGAUUUGUGUUGGAACCAGAAAUUCAGUUUGGUCCAGAUGGUCAGAUGUCUGCUGGCCCGAUAGCUCGUUUCAACAACAUGCCAACUAGUGUUCUUCUAACUCAGAACAUGCACGUACCAGAAAACUGGUUGGUUGAGGUGGUGCGCAGUCCAUAUGAUCUUGAUAAUAUUCGUCUGGAUGAUGUUGGAAGUGGUGUGCACAGUGAAUUUGAACUGGAAUAUCUGCUACUGGAGGGUCAUUGUUUUGAUGCUGUUUUGGGGAACCCACCAAGGGGUCUGCAGAUUACGUUGGGCACAGAGACACAACCUGUAGCUGUGGAUACAAUAGUUAUGGCUAACUUGGGCUAUUUUCAACUGAAAGCUAACCCUGGAGCUUGGAUUCUGAGACUCCGUCAAGGUCGCUCAUCAGAUAUAUUCGACAUAGUAAGUCAUGAGGGAACAGAUACUCCUGCUGAUUCUGAGGACAUAAAAGUCUUAAUUAGCUCAUUCCGUAGUCAUGUCAUCAAAUUAAAAGUUUCGAAGAAACCAGGAAAACAGCACAUGGACUUGCUCGCUGAAGACGAUCAGAAUUCGGGAAUAUGGAAUUCAAUAACAAGCACAUUUGGAUCGAAGUCUGAUGAUGAGGUAGAAGAUAAAUUGAAUAUUUUUUCUUUGGCAUCAGGACACUUAUAUGAACGUUUCUUACGCAUUAUGAUGCUAAGUGUCCUGAAGCAUACGAAAACACCAGUCAAAUUCUGGUUUCUGAAAAAUUAUCUCUCGCCAACAUUUAAGGAUUUCCUUCCUCACAUGGCACGUGAAUAUGGAUUUGAAUAUGAACUGGUACAAUACAAAUGGCCAAGGUGGUUACAUCAACAAACGGAGAAACAGCGCAUCAUUUGGGGCUAUAAAAUUCUCUUUCUUGAUGUACUCUUCCCACUGGAUGUAAAGAAGAUUAUAUUUGUGGAUGCUGAUCAGGUUGUUCGAGCAGAUAUGCGUGAGCUACAACAACUUGAUCUUGGAGGAGCUCCAUAUGGCUAUACACCAUUUUGUGAGAGUAGACGUGAAAUGGAUGGUUUCAGAUUCUGGAAACAGGGCUAUUGGCGUAACCACUUGCAAGGGCGCCGGUAUCAUAUUAGUGCACUCUAUGUUGUAGAUCUGCGUAGAUUCCGUCGAAUAGCAGCUGGUGAUCGGCUCAGGGGUCAGUACCAGGCUCUUAGCCAAGAUCCCAAUUCACUCUCUAACCUGGAUCAGGAUCUACCAAAUAAUAUGAUCCAUCAGGUUGCCAUAAAAUCUUUGCCUCAGGAGUGGCUGUGGUGUGAAACUUGGUGUGAUGAUGACUCCAAGAAAUAUGCUAAAACAAUUGAUCUAUGUAACAACCCACUGACAAAGGAAGCAAAAUUGACUGCAGCCAAUAGAAUCAUUUCAGAAUGGAAAGAGUACGAUGAAGAAAUUAAAAAACUCCAAAAGAAGAUUGAUGAAACACACACGGAAGAGGGUAUCAACAUCGAAGGUGUUCGAAUAGAGCCAAAUCUACACAGUGUACAUUCUGAAUUAUGACAGUUCCUGUUGGUGGUUAGUGUGUUACAUGUUUUCUGUGACUGUAAGAUUGUUGUUAUAUGAAUGAGUGUCCUCUAUUCUCAGCUCAUCAGGUAAUUUAAUCUGUAAAUAAAUGAAACAAAAACAGUAUUUUUAGCAAUUGAUGCAAGAAGUCUUUGAUCUCUGGUAUUAAGCGCAAAUCAAAGAAAGCUCUUUCUGUGUGCUGUUGGAUGUCUUAAACACUAUUUGUAUGAAAUGUGAAUACUUGCAAACAGUGUGGUAGAUAUGUUUUAAGGGACUUGAGAGGAAAAACAGCAGACAUAACUAUAGGACAUGAUUAAUAAAGAGUAGCAUCAUUAGGGAACAAAACUUUUUGCUGCACGUAACCAGUCUGAUACAGGUUUUCAUAGUCUUUCUUCCAGCAGUUCGCUUGACCUUGUAGAUUUUGAAAUUGAGACUGUGGCAGCAUUUUUCACUCAUUUUUUGUGCAGCUUGAAGACUAAAAAAAUGACUGUCUAUACACUCUUAAUUUACAUGUAACCUUAAUUACAUCAAAGACAAUUCGGAGAAAAAGUUUUUCAUCAGUUGUCAAACUUUGAUAUGAUUUUCUGUUUCUUGCCAAGUAAGUAGGCCUUUAAUGUAAACUGAAGCCUCAUCCACAUGUGGACAGAUGGUGGGCUGCUUAUAAAACAAAAUUUGGUUUGUAUCUAUUUAUUUUCCAUUUUUACAUUAUUCUGAUCUGUAAAUUCAGUGUUACAAGUUAUUUGAAGGAGGUUCAAUGCCUUUCUGCUUUCAAAAACUGAAUGUCAGUUGGAUGUGUCUGUAUAUUUCUUAUCACAAUCAGAUCAACAUUAAGACACAAAUCACUCUUUCAGUCUUAGUUGAAAAUAUAAUAGGUGAUUAUACAAGAGGACUUCAAAAAGUAAGUUACACAAAGUUAUAGCAAGCCAAGUAAAUUUUAUUGUAUACUACACUAUACGUCAAAGUGACACAGGUGCAUGACACUGUUUUGCGACACAGUCACCAAGUCUAUGUUUACAGUUGUUGGAACAUUUUGCCAACAGUUCAGUCGUCGUCAUCAUCUUCAUCUCCAUCUGUAAGCCGAAUUAUGUUUUCCGUGAUGUCCUAUUUCUUUCUAUUUCCUUUAGUUCUCGAUGUGACUUUCCUUCACUCUCAUCUAUGAGCAUGCCCUCUCUUUCUGACUCUAUUUGUUUUUGCUUUAACAAUAAUUUUCUGCAAAGUGUUUUUCUCAAUGUUGCAUCCAUCCCAGUUUGCGUUCCUCUUUAUAAUGUACUUAAGGAGGGUUCUAGUUUGCUUCACCCAACUACCUCAAUCUUUGUUUGGUCAACAGGUUUAAUUCUCUUGGUUGUAAUGUGCAGCCAAAUUUUUUUUUUAAAAAAAUCGAAGUUUCCAUCUCUACCUGAUUCCACAAGUUUUUGAAUCGUGUGUAAUUCCACUUCAAAUAAUUUCUCCAGAUAACUUCCAUCUCUAUCUAAGUAAAUGCAAGCAAUAACUUCCUCAAGUUUGUUUUCCUAUUAUAUUUCAUUUGUAGAGCGGUAUUUGUUUUUUCACUACUCUUGUCGUGAAAAUGUUGAUAUUUAUUCUAAUUUUUUUUCUCUAUUUUCUUAUUGCAUCCACCAGUUUUUGAGUAUCGUGUCUUUAUGCUAGGACCACUCGAUCAUCUGCACAUUUAACAAAGUUCAUCCACUCAAUUCAUACUUUUUUUCUGCCUAUCAAGGUUUCAUCCAAAAGUAUCAGCAUAUGUAUAACCCAGGCUGGUAGUAUUUUUAGUAACAGCCUUGCUCUCAUCUGCAAUAAUGGCUAUCUUUACAAUUUUCUCAUCUGAAUGUUCCUGUUGAUACAGUGAAUGAUUAUUUUAUCCAUUUCUUGUACAUGCGCUCCCAACAUUAGUCUCAUUCUGCACCAAAUUAGACUACAAAAAGUAUCUGAACAUGUAGCAUUUCUUCUUUUUGUUGGUAAGAAGAAAACUGAUGAUGAUAGAAGAUCCAGCAGCAGUCAGAUGAUUCCAGAAAAUCAAUGUAAAGGAAAAAGAACAAAGAUUACAGUUAAAGAAGUGGCUAUAUGUUAUCAACUACAAUGUAAAUGAAAUGGAAUGUUGCACAGUGCUUAAGAUAUAGACAUCCAGUUCCAAAGCUUUCAUCUUUGAGGCAGAGUGCGUUCGAGCAUUAGUAGCACCCAACUGAGUUCACAAUGGGGUGCUGGAGGUGUGACCAGUGGUAGUUUUGAAGGUGAUGAGAAAUGAACAGACUUGUGUUGUGGCACAGAAGUGGGCUGUCGUUUUCCAUAAUACAUCAAUAUUUGACAGUGGAGUAUAAUAUGCAAUAGUUUAAACAAAAUGGGUCAAGUUGCACAAGACAGAUUUUGCGCCCAUCCAUGUGAGAGAGGAGCAGUGAAUAAAUUGCAAAACAUUGGUCUUAGAUGCAAAAUGUGCAUCUGUGUUUUGGACUUGCCUUAUUUAAUGAUUUUUAUUUGCAUAAAUGCAGAAAAAACUGAUAGUAUAUCUGUUCAUACUCUGUGUCACAGUGAAUUCAGUUAACAUUGGCAAUCUUCUAUGUGUGAACAAUAUACAUAUGUGUUUAUUUAAUUUACAAUAUUCUCCAAAUUUAUUGUUAAAUCUUGUUUCUUAUCUUUUUAAUACAGCACUCUGGGUGUUCAAUGAUUUCAAGGGUAGAUAUGUCUCCUCCUUUUUCUCUUUGUUUGCUAUUUAUGUAUUUAAAUCUGUUGCAAUAUUGUUAAGUUUCUCAGAUGGAGAAUACUACCACUUUUAUGGUCCUAAAUAUUCUAAAUGUAUUGUAGUUUAAUUUAGUGUUAAAUCUGUAGUGAAUUUAUGGAAAAUCAAAGGAAUGUGCACUGAAAUUUAUAGAGAACAACUGUGGUUUUAUGUCCACCAUUUGUGAUGUUAAGACUGUGCUUAUAGUGAGUGUAUGAGAGGCAUUGGAAAAGAGUUUUUGCCCCAUGUACCUGAAGAUUUUGAUUUGUGCAUCAUAUAGUAAGGAUGUGAUAUUGUUGUGAAAGUGAUUUCUUCUGCAUUGGAAUGAAAACAUUGUAACAGUUUGAUGAUAUUGUAGUAAGAAAUUAGUAACUCAUUUGUGGAUGAAUCAUGUUUGCAUGUAUCAAAACACUUAUGGAUGAAGCUAUUUUUGACUUUUAAAUAAAUUUUUAAUUAUUUUUGGUA